UUAGUUGACAAUAACAAAGUUUUUGUACGUAAUAAUUUUUAUAAAAUUAUUUAUCGUCAAAAAUAUGUAUUAAUGCUGAUGGAUAAAUUACGCGAAUCUUUCAAUUAUAUAACACUGGCAGUACUGAUCAUAAGUGGAAUUCAUUUGAACAUAAUGAUUAUAAUGAUUUUUGUAGCACUUAAGAACAAUAAUAUGAGAAUGGUUUUUGAAGAUGCCACUGGUACAGUUUUGUAUUUUUCAGCCCAAAUAUUUAUAUACUGUUAUGCUGGCGAUGAACUAUCAUCAAGACUUCAAGACUCACGCGUAGCAGUUUAUAGUUGUUGUUGGUAUAGUUUUCCAACUAGUACGCGUAAGGACAUUAUAUAUAUUAUGCAAAGAUUGAAUAAGGAGUAUCAUUUAUCAGCAGGAAAAUUUUAUCACAUGAACUUGCCUCAUUUUACGGAUAUUGUUAAAACCAUGGUGUCUUUUUUUUCUGUGAUGAGACUUGUUAUUUUUGAGUAAAUGUUAUUAAAGAUUA